GUUUCUUGCAGUCUUGCACAUUUUCAACUUAACCAUUUGCAUUUUCAAACAAAUAAUUCGUCAAAGUUAAUAAAACGCCUAUACUACAUUUUAGCAACAUUUUAUUGCACUUUUAGGACGGAAGAUCCAACACCUUGAAACAGUAAAGAGGGAAAAUUACACGUCCUACUUUGGGAGAAGAUCUUGGUUCAUUAUAUUGAUUGACAAUGGCAAAUGAUAGAAAAGCAAACGAAGGCUUCGAUUCUAUUUUGAAAUCAACGCUUAUCUUCAAAUUGAUGGAAGGCUACAAAUAUACUUUGCAAGUUAGUCAUUUGAAAACAACUGCAGUGAAUGUUAUGCGAAGAAUAGAUAAAGGUAAUAAUACCAACAAUUGGUUACUUCGAUUUGACAAUCCGCAUAAAGGAGCCCCUUUCCCGCACAUCAAUAUCAGGCAUAAAUAUACAGGCAUUCAGGAUCCUCAUUUAAAACUUCCACCAGGAUCGAUUACCGUGGCUCAAGGGGGGGCAUAUAUAGCCAAGGCUUUAGAUUGGCUUUGUUAUGCAACCAUAAUAUAUGAUGGAAUUCAAUUAUGCCAAGCAAUCUACAGGGACCACCAAAAUGGCAAUGGAACAAUGGAAAAUACCGCUGAGUGUGCUGCUGAUAAGACCGGUCAAUAUGUUGGAGGAUUUACUGGUGCUCUUGUUGGACAAACAGUUGGGUCAUUCCUCCUACCCGGUGUUGGACCUCUGGUAGGAGCCGUUGGUUUGGGUUAUCUGGGCGUGGGAUAUGGAAGAAAAGUAGCUGCUUUCUAUUUUCAGAAUUAUUGGAGUGACCAAAAAUUAAAAUCUAAAUUAUAAGUGUUGCAUUUGUAUUUGAUUUUGUCUUGAUUCUAAUUUAAAUUAAUAAAAAUGAACGCCUAUUUCCA